CUUUUCUCCAUCUUAAAUCUAGUGACCAAUUAGAUUAAAUAUAUCAGGGAUGCGAGGCUGACUGGUCGGUUGGGUCGGUGCCUCUGCUUGUUGGGGUAACGUAGCUGUUUUGCACUAUGCGUAACGUUUCUUUUACGUUAUUGCAACGUGCUUCGUCCCGGUUUAGUUACUGUCCAGUACUGGAGAUGUUGUCAUCAUUUUUGGGUUACAUCAGUUGAGGAAUGAUGGAUGAGCUACCUUCUCUCAGCUGUGUGUGCGGACGUGACUACCGACGCGUACACUGUUACCAUGUGACGUUCACUAGCCUAACAAACUCAAAUAAACGCUGAAACAACACCGAAGACAAACUGGAUUUUGCCGACAGUCAGAAUGGCAGAGGGCUUUUUAAUGGAGGUGUGUGUGGACUCCGUGGAGUCUGCUGUCAAUGCUGAACGAGGAGGUGCAGGUCGACUUGAACUAUGCUCUAGUCUCCUGGAGGGAGGACUCACUCCCAGUCUAGGUCUGCUGCAGGUGGUGAAGCAGUAUGUCAAAAUCCCAGUCUACGCGAUGAUUCGGCCUCGUGGGGGGGACUUCCUGUACUCAGACCAGGAAGUGGAGGUGAUGAGGAAGGACAUACAGCUGAUAAAGAGCCAUGGUGCCGAUGGACUCGUGCUAGGAGCCCUGACCGAGGAUGGACGCGUGGACGCAGAGCUGUGUAUGGAGUUACUGGCUGCUGCUCGACCACUACCCGUCACCUUCCACAGAGCUUUUGACAUGGUCCAUGACCCAGUGGUUGCUCUGGAGACUCUGGUAUCAUUAGGGUUCCAGCGUGUGUUGACAAGUGGCUGUGACACAUCUGCCUUGGAGGGACUCCCUCUAAUUAAACGGCUUAUAGACCAAGCGAAAGGGAGGAUUUCCAUCAUGCCAGGAGGAGGCAUCACAGAGAGGAACCUGCAGAGAAUUUUAGAGGGGUCAGGAGCCCAAGAGUUUCACUGCUCAGCCCGCUCCAGUAAAGAUUCUGCCAUGAAGUUCAGGAACACCUGUGUGACGAUGGGAGCUGCUUUCUCAGCGCCCGAGUAUGGCCUGAAGGUGGCAGACGUGAGCAAAGUCCGCACUCUGAAUGCAAUAGCCAGAAAUACCUUGUGAAUGGGUACUGGACAAUCAUGACAGACAGCAAAACAGAUACCUCAGAAGGAAGUGAUUGUAUGCCAUUUUAUCGGCCGGCGAAGAUUUAUUUUCACUAUAGCCCAGAAUGAGUAGACACAUCUGAACUGCCACAGAGUUCUGUUUUUCUGUAUUUGUUUAAUCACUGAUGAAACAGUCCUUGUAAAGUUAGAGCUCAGGGACAGCCCUGCGACCUUAUGGGAUGUGCAGUCUAAGCAUCUCACAGUGGAGACUGACAAAUAAUUGACAUUUAUUAUUAUGCACCUGUGUGUGGCCAUGAUUGCGUUUUCCAAAGCGAAGGAAAAGCACUGCUCAGUGCCGCGGCUGUUUUCAGAACAGCAUUUUUUCAGUUGCCAUAUAGUUGACCUAUAUUUGUUUACACGUAUUUGCAGUGGAAGAUAAUGAAAGCUGUGACAUCCUUUAGGCCUAUAUUUUUUACUAGGAUGGAAACAUUCUGAGUUCAGUUUGUUCAGAAUUUAAUUAAAUGAAUUCAACUGUUACUGUAAGUGCACUUUCCUAUUUUGGUAUUGUUGUCAGAUGUCGCCCACAUUUCACACCACUCAGCUUGUUGUAUUCAACCCCCCACAAAAUACAUUCAGAAACCUCAACAGCAAAGUCUCUUACAGAAAUUAUGACCCAGUUAUCUAAGAUAAUCUGCAGACCUUGUUGCACUGUCACGAGUAUGAAGAAAAAUAUGUAUUUUGAUUUAGUCCCUUUAAGAGAUAGACCAUACUAACGCAGAAUCAUGAAUCAUGUGUUUCAAGCGUCAUAUUGUUAGUGUCACUGAUAUCUAACUGGGCUGAAUUGAUUCUCAAAUGUUUGAUUCAAGUCUCCUAAGUGGAAGCUUCAAUCUCUGAAGAGGUCGUACAGAAUCAGAAUCAUAAUCCGAAAUACUUCAUUGAUCACCGAGGAGAAAUUGCUUGUUGUACAGCUGCUCUCAUUCAAAGUCCCAGAAAUGUAUGCAGAAAAAUAAAAACUAUAUGAGCAAGAACAAGAACAAGAAAGACAGAACAAAAAUACAAGACAUGUACUUCCUACUAGGAUAUAUCCGUAUAUAUACAGUGUCAUUAAUAACUACAGUUGAAAUAUGGCUAAUUGUGAUAUUGUUUGUCUUAAUUAUUGCACAUUAGAGAGAAACAAAGUGUCCAGAUUCCUCUGAUUGACUCAGAGUGUCUGACUCUCAGAGCGAGGAGUGACAGAAGUGACAGGAAAAGAGACAGAGUGAACCUGUGAUGUCAUUAAACAGAUUUCAUCUUUUAUUUUACAUGACAAAGGUCAAUCACACUUUUAACAGCAGUACUGACUUAAUCAUCACGGGGUACUAUAGCUGUGUGCAGCCUAGUCAGGUGUUAACAUACCGAGUAGCAUAAGCGACACUCUGAUGAGCCCGUGACCCCAUUCAGACAAAUAUCCCUGGGUAUUUUCAAGAAGUGGGUUUAUGUCAUGGGGAUGACUUAAACCCUCUCAAAACUGGAACUUGAACUGAUGAUCUGUUCAAGGUUUAACUGGGCAAAGUUAUUCAGUCACUACAAUAAACCUACAUGAGUGUG